UUCCGGCGGGGCCGGGACGGGGGUGGCCGAGGGUCGGCGUCGCCGCCAUGGGCAAGUCGGAUUUCCUCAGCCCUAAGGCCAUCGCCAACCGUAUCAAAUCCAAAGGGCUGCAGAAGCUGCGCUGGUACUGUCAGAUGUGCCAGAAGCAGUGCCGCGAUGAGAAUGGCUUCAAAUGUCAUUGUAUGUCUGAGUCCCACCAGAGGCAAUUGCUCCUGGCUUCUGAAAAUCCUCAGCAAUUCAUGGAUUACUUUUCUGAGGAGUUCCGAAAUGAUUUCUUAGAACUACUCAGGAGGCGAUUUGGAACAAAGAGAGUCCACAAUAAUAUUGUGUACAAUGAAUAUAUUAGUCAUCGAGAGCACAUCCACAUGAAUGCCACGCAGUGGGAGACACUGACUGAUUUUACUAAAUGGCUGGGGAGAGAAGGUCUUUGCAAGGUUGAUGAGACCCCAAAAGGCUGGUAUAUUCAGUAUAUUGAUAGGGACCCAGAGACGAUACGCAGGCAACAAGAACAAGAGAGGAAGAAGAAACAAGAUCUUGAUGAUGAAGAAAAAACUGCUAAAUUCAUCGAACAACAAGUUAGAAGAGGUUUGGAGGGGAAAGAACUGGAAAAGCCAGUCUAUACUGAACUGAACAGAGAAAAUGAAGAAGAAAAAGUUACAUUUAAUUUAAACAAAGGAGCAAGUACUUCAAUAGCAGCAUCUUCUAAAACAAGCAGUGUCCUUGGACCGAAUGCACUGAAGAUGGUGGAAGGGUCAGUUAAAAGAAAAGAAUCAGCUCAUAGCUCUGGUCAGUCCAAAGAGAAAAAGAAGAAGUCUGCACUGGAUGAGAUUAUGGAGCUUGAAGAGGAGAAGAAAAGAACAUCUCGAAGAGACUACUGGUUGCAGCCUGAAAUCAUUGUGAAAAUUGUAACAAAAAAGCUUGGAGAGAAAUACCACAAGAAGAAGGCAGUUGUUAAGGAAGUGAUUGACAAAUACACAGCAGUUGUGAAGAUGAUUGAUUCUGGAGACAAACUGAAGCUUGAUCAGACACAUCUGGAAACUGUAAUACCCGCACCAGGCAAGAAAGUGAUGGUGUUAAAUGGUGGUUACAGGGGGAAUGAAGGCAUCUUGGAAUCUAUCAAUGAAAAGAGGUUUUCAGCGACAAUAAUCAUCGACUCUGGACCUUUAAAAGGACGACGGGUUGAAGAUAUCCAGUACGAAGACAUUUCCAAACUCGCCUGAGGCGCUAAUUGUGGAUCAGAGAAGAGUUUGGUUCCCAAAAACAUCUUUCUGGCAUCUUGCAGGCAGACACAAGACUCUACCAUGUCAGGGUUUUAAUUGUGUGUGUGUAUGUAUUUAUAAUGUAUAUAGAAAUUAACCACAAGCAAACUGGAUUUAUUUAAAGAUCACUAUACAGAACGUGUUUGUGGAAAUCUUAUCAUUGGAAAUAUUUCAUCUGAUUCUAUAUCAAAGUUACAAUAUUUGGUUCAAUUUUCUUUUGUAAAAUAUAGCAGAUAUCUGCAAGAUGGAGUAUUUUAUUUGCUGAAGUAUGUUAGCAGUUCUGUAAGAGAGGGAAUUACCUACCAAUAGCCGCUUGAGGCAGGCAGCGUGUGUGUCAGUGCCAGUGGAGCCUGAACAACACUUCUCCAUCUGCAGCUAAAACUGAGUGCUGGCUGCAGGAACAAGGGGAUGGGAUUAAGAGAAUAGCAGGAAGGUAACCGUGCUGCAAGGGAUUAUUUUCCUGGAUGUUGUUAGAAUGGGCUGGUUUAUUACAUGCUGUCACCAACUCAUUGUUGGUUAGCACAUCGGAGAUUCUGGAAUCCAGGUCGUCACUCCUCCAUCAUCUUGUUCGUCAGAAUUCCUAAUAAUGCUAAUAUGCAAUUUAUCUUCAGAUGGGUGAUACUCGUGGGGUUUCUGAGGUGCCAGCCAGUGUGUCUGCAGAUACAAAUUGGUGAUCACAGUUUUGGUUUUCCAGAGCCUUUUCCUUUGUUCAUGCUUCCAUUGUUGCUCUGCUACACGAGCAACCUUCCUCGUGCUGAAUUAUGUAACAUUAUUUUUUUAUUUUUUAAAAAAUGUCACAUUUUGUACAACGCUUAAUUUCUGAGGCAGUUCAGGAAUAAACAUAAACCUUUCUUAGGUCAGUGUAUUUCUUAUCAGCCCUUUUAAACGCGUGAGGUGUCUGUUGGUUACAUCUACUGCAGAGCACAGUGAGGUGCCCAGCUGGUGCACUGCCUUAGUUGUGUUAAAAAAAAAAAAAAAAAAGCUAAAU